GCAAUUGGUCAAAUAUGUUCAACAUCAGAUCUCUCGCACAACCUUGAGCAGUGCAAGACCCUGGUCAAGAAAGCUGUUGCCGAAGGCGCAAAGGUCCUCUUCCUUCCUGAAGCCGCUGAUUACAUUGGAGGAUCGCCAGAUGAAUCUUACAAUCUUUGCAAGUCGGUCAACGACUCAGUUUUUGUCCGUGGGCUACAGGAGGAGGCCAAGAAGAACAGCUUAUGCAUCAACGUUGGCAUCCACGAGCCUUCGAAGACACCCAAGAAGAUCAAGAACACUCUGAUCUGGAUUGACGAGAGUGGCGACAUCACCCAACGUUAUCAGAAGCUCCACAUGUUCGACAUGGAGCUGGACGACGGUCCAAAUAUGAGGGAGAGCGAUACUGUAGAACCUGGUAACAGGAUUCUAUCUCCUUUCGAUACGCCUGUUGGAAGAGUCGGCUCGUGUAUCUGCUUUGAUUUACGCUUCCCCGAGCUUGCUCUCGCACUGAAGCGUCAAAAGUGUGACAUACUCUGUUACCCUUCAGCUUUCGCCCCUGACACUGGCAAGUACCACUGGCAUGCAUUACUAAAGGCUCGCGCCAUUGAGUCACAGUCAUAUGUUCUUGCUCCUGCUCAAGUUGGGCCUCACAACGAGAAGAGAUCAAGUUUCGGUCACUCCUUGAUCGUUGAUCCUUGGGGCAGGAUCCUCGCAGAGCUGGGUAGUGAAGAAGACUUCAACAAGAAGGGUGAUUCGUGGGAGCCCGAACUUGCAACCGUUGAGAUUGAUCAUGAUCAACUAGCAAAGAUCAAGAAGGGCGUACCUCUUCACAGAAGAACCGAUGUUUACGCCGAGGUAUAG